CUACGUUCUUGAUCCUAGUAAAUACCGAAUUCUACUCUAGCGAAUACAGAAUGUAUCUUAUCGGGGGAGCUUCGCGGUAGGUAGGCGUCGUCGAACGAGCCCACCGUAGCUAACGAGCGCGAGUGAUACAUCAACAACAACAUGCUUGACGAUAUGACGAUUGUUGGUACAACAUGGUGAAAUUAAUCUGACUUUUCAAAUAUGUGCAGACUGCAUUGAAUAACUAUGACUUUUCUUGAUACCGCAUGUUAGUUUUUUUUUUUUACAAGUUUUGUGUAGGCCUUGGCUUGAGGCUUGCUAUUUGAGGCUUUUAAUUAGUUUUUUAUGCCAGGCGCUGCACUGGUGAUGCCGAGUCAAGUCAAAGUGAGACUGACAAUGAUGAACCGAAUAUGACUUUAUGAGCCUAGAAUAAUUACUUAUUUUAACUGGUUCACAAACCUGUUGACAAGUUAAGCAAAAGGAAUCGGGCUAUGCCAUCAACACCAUGACAAUGGAUACAAAUAAGAGGAACACCAUGAUAAAUCUCAAAUUAAUUCUGACUGUGAUGAUCAUCAUUUUUCUACAAUGUUGGGAAGCUACUUCUCUGUCGUCUGCUCCAGCUCCUAGCCGUUGCAUAUUUGAUGAAGUUCAAAAGCAUCAAAACGUAGAAAGAACACUUAUAAAAUACCAUCCAGGUGAUGUAAGCGCAAAAUCAAAGAGGUCAGUAGAAGAAGAAGCAAAUGCCUACCAGCCAAUCAGAGUGAAGACGUUUGUCCAGAAUGAGGAGCAUCUGAUGGACUCCGUGCAGGUUGAAAAACUAGAGACCAUCAUGGCUGGUGCAACAUCUGUUGUUCAAAAACUUCUGUCAGUUUACCCUGUGCAAGGCCCACUGCUAAUAGAUCGCUCUGAAGCAGCUUGUAGAACUACAUACAACGGUGGACAAAACGAUGGAAAAUGUGCAGAAAUUUCACCAAAUUAUAGAGAACAGUGUCUGGAUAAUUUUGAGAUUCCUGAUGAUCAUCUGGAGGGUCUAUGGACAUGGGAUGCCAUUAAUUCAGAACCUGCAGUAACCCAUUUUGAAGAAGGAUCUGGUAUUCCUAAUGCAGAUGUUGUGCUGUAUGUCAAGGCUGAGCAUACAACACGUUGUAAUUCAGGGGAUGUGUUUGCAUAUGCAUCAUUCUGCAAGCAGGAUCAGUUUAGCAGACCAAUUGCUGGAGUAAUCAACUUUUGUCCUGACCCUCUUCUGAGUGAGGAAUAUGAUCAAGACAAAUUUACUCUGCUUGCCCUGCAUGAAGCGUUUCAUGUUCUUGGAUUUUCUACAAGUCUUUUUGACCAGUUUCAAGAUUGUAGUGUAUGUGAAGAUGGACUCGAGUGCGAGACAAGAGAGGAUGUUGUGAGAGUGGAUGCCGGUGGGCAGUCUAGACUCCACACCCCAGCAGUCGUGGCUGCAUCUCAGAUUCAUUUUGGCUGCACCGAAGAGGAAGAAAUGGGUGUUCCUCUGGAAAAUUUGGGUGGAGAAGGGGUAUCAUCGCACUGGGAAACACGAUACAUGUAUGGUUCUGUCAUGGCCCCUGCCAUCCUACAGGCGCACUCAACCUUUCUGGACAACAUGACUCUGGCUGUAUUUGAGGAUUCUGGCUGGUACAAGGUGAAUUAUGAAUACGCCGGGGAUUUCCCCUGGGGUAAGGACCAAGGCUGCGAGUUUGGCUCGGUCGAAUACUGCGCUACAAACUUCACCCAGUUCUUCUGUAAUGAAAGUAUAUCAGGUUGUGACUAUCUGGGACUGAACAAAGCUACCUGCACUACUAACAUAUAUCUGGAUGGAUGUAAAAUUUAUUGGCCAGAUUCAGAGAAUCAGUGUGUGCAUUCAUCCAGUAGUGUGAAUCUCAAUGAAACUGGUGAAAUUACUGGACCCGACAGCAGAUGUUUUGCGUCAAAUUCUCUUUUGGAGGGAACAUGUACACCAGGGGAUUUAGAAGGGAGAUGUUAUGCAACCAGAUGUGGGAAUUCUUCUGAGUCGUAUGAAAUUCGUCUCUUAGACUCGGAUUGGAUUCCAUGUCCAGCAGAGACAAGUAUUCAAGUGCCUGGCUAUGAAGGGGAGGUUCACUGUCCUCCUGCAGACAUUGUCUGUAAGAACCAUUCCUCUCUUGUGAGCCUGGUGGAUCAACCCUGUCUGACCUGCACAACGCCACCUGCUACUUCUACUGCUACUACAUCAACAACUCAGACUUCCCCAGGUGAAGUUCCAGGUGAAUUAAAUUUCUCCCUAGUGUUCAACGACCUUGCAUACUCAGAGGUCGACGAGGGGUCAGAGGUCAAUGACUUCAAGGGAGUCCUGAUUGGGCGCAUAGCAGAAACGGUCCAGCUUACCCAAAAUCGCAUUGAGAUUCUGGACAUUAUUGCAGGAAGUGUGAAAGCCUUUGUCUGCAUCACACCACCCAAGGAAGGAGACUCCCAAGUUUCCCCUGAGGAUGCCUACAACAACCUCUCUAAUGCUGUAAUGUCAGGAGAGUUUAGUAUUGAAUAUAACAGCAACAGUUAUGCUGCCUCAGCCAUCACACUCUUAGUUGUUGACAACCAGACCCCUACCCAGUCAUCAACCGCCAUGCCACCGACCGUACGCUCAUCCCCUAUCACCCCUCUCACUAUCAUCGUGUUGUCCAUCAUUGCUGCGCUCUUUGUGACCACCUUCCUGUCUGUCUGUGUGUGGAAGAACAAGAAGACGGCCACCACCAUAGCCCCCGCCCCGGGGGCCACCCCCAGAGAGGGGGCGUUACCGGGGGAGGUUUACAUGGUCAGGAAAGGGGAGCGCACAAGGGGGGACAUGACUGCAGCCACAUCCACAUGAUACACUUUCUCAUCCUGACUCUGCUCUUUAUGACAUUUUACUGCCUCUGUGUGUGUGGAAGAACAAAAUGACAGCCAUGGCUGUAGUCCCUGCCCCAGGGCUACCACAAGGGAUG